AUGGAACUGCCGGAUCUGCCGAGUGAGAUGUGGGAAUGCAUAUUCCUGCAUGCUAAAAUGUCUGUGAAAUCCCUAGUCCAGUUGAGUUGCUUUCAUAGGGUAUGGCGUUUGCCAAUUUUCUCCCCAACAUUUAUUAAGGCAUACGAUGAAAGUGACAGUGGCAAGACUGGUUUAUUGCUUGUUCAAACUCAUCUGAAGUUGGUUUACUGGCUGUUCUCGACUGAUAUCAAUAGCUGGGUUUCCUUUAUAAACAGUCCUUUGGAGAUUCGGGGCCUUUCAAUCGUUGGCUCUUGCAGGGGACUCAUUUGUUUCAGUGAGCCCUAUGGGAUGAUUUUAAAUCCACCAAUAUAUGUCUGGAAUCCUUCCAUUUGGAGACUUAGGCAGUUACCACAGGGACAUAUCCAAAUAGAAGAAGGGGAUCAACAUGGUGAUGUUACUGUUCCUAUUGCCAUUGCCAUUGGUCUAGGAUUUGAUGCUUGA